CAUAACACAUUUUCUUGCAACAAAAAUGGCUACCCUUAAAUUAAAUAACAACGCUGAAAUUCCAGUCCUUGGUUUGGGAACUUGGCAAUCUUCCCCUGAAGAAGUAUACAAUGCUGUUCUUCAUGCUCUUAAGUUAGGAUACCGUCAUAUCGAUACCGCAUUUGCUUACGGCAACGAAGAAAGCAUUGGUAAAGCCAUUCGCGAUCUGGGAAUUCCCCGUGAGCAACUUUUCAUCACCACCAAGUUAUGGUGUACUUUCCACAAGAACCCAAGUGAUGGUCUUAAGGAAAGUUUAACAAGAUUAGGUUUGGACCAAGUUGACUUGUAUCUUAUGCACUGGCCGGUUCCUUUGAAUCCUAAUGGGAAUGACCCUAAAUUUCCAACUUUACCUGAUGGAAAUCGUGAUAUUGUCCAAGGUUGGAACUUCAUUGACACUUGGAGAGAAAUGCAAAAGUUGGUUGGUCACGGUGCUAAGGCAAUUGGUGUAUCCAACUUUGACGUUUACAACUUAGAAAAGUUGUUGCAAGCAAGUCUGACUACCGUCGUUCCUGCUGCCAAUCAAGUUGAAUUACAUCCUCACUUACCUCAACACAAAUUAUUAGCUUACUGUAAGGAAAAGGGGAUUGUGUUAGAAGCUUAUAGUCCUUUGGGAUCCACAAACUCACCAUUAUUAACUGAACCUGCUUUGGUUAAGAUUGCUGAAAAGUAUCAUGUUCACACAGCCACUGUUUUAAUUUCUUGGGCUAUUUGGAGAGGUACUGUUGUUUUACCAAAAUCAGUCACUCCAAAGAGAAUAGAAAGUAACUUUGAAGUUAUUAAGUUGGAAGAUGAAGAUGGAAAAAUAAUUGACAACUUAUACAAGGAGAUUGGUGUCAGGAGAAUUAUUAGUCCAAAUUGGUAUCCAGAAGUGGUCUUCCAUUCCGAUGAUUAGUUUAUUUUCUUUUUAAUAGACAUCCAUAUAUUAUACAACGAAGAUAAACCAAAAAAAAAAUAUACAAAAAUUAUACAAGAAGAUAAAGAAGACCAAUAAAUAUGAACGCUAUUGUAGUGGUGUGAUUUUAUUUUCUCUUUAGUUCUCAAUCAACUUGACAUAAUUAGAAGGACAAAUACCUAUUUCACCAUUAGGUCUUCUUGCCUGCCACCAUUUACCAUCGAUAUCAUCAACCUCUAAAACUUCGUCCUUCUUAAACGAGAUCUCAUUUUCAUCACUAGGAUUAGCAUCAUAACUAUAUAAUGCCUUAGCUUUAUAUCUGAACGUUACCCCAGUACCUAGUUCCGAUUCCGGGUACAUGGUAUUUCUCUUACUUUGCGUAAGGUCUCUUCCGGGUAUGUCAGACGAAUUUUCAAGUCCAUUCAAUUGUGAUGAUGACAUGUAUUGUUUAGAAGCAGGUCUUGCGCUUGCCACAGAUGAGAAUCUUUGGUUGUAAGUGGUGGUGGUGGCGGUAGGUUCACCCAUGGCACCUAAUUCUUCGACACCGUUAUAUUGUUCUGAUUUAUUGAUGGCUCUGUUCAAGUUGUCAUGAGUUGGACCUUGGUUUCUGAUGCUGAAGGAAUCAAUAAAUUGGUUCGUUGGAGAUUCAGGGUGCCCUCCGAAAUAUAAGAUCCAAAGUAAGUUCAAGAUACUUAAAAGGAUGCAUCCAGCAGCACAGGUUAAGUUUGCACUGGAGUUGGUGUUGUAGAUAAGGUUAUUAACUGUGUUUGUACUGUAGACAAAGGCAAUAGCUAUAAGACCCACAAGGGUAAAUUUAUACAACUCAAUAUUAUUGUUACAAUACAAUAAUAAUACUACUAAUAUAAUCACUGCCUCGUAUGCUAGACCCCACCAAGAAAGGUUGGGAAAGUUCUUUUGAUUGGAUGCAGCAGCACCUGCUAUGGAUACCACCCAUGAGAUGAUACCAAACGAUAUGGUUGCUAUCCCAAAGGAAUCACCUGUUAAAUUAGAAAAACUGUAUCCCAUUGUUUAUUGUGAUCUGGAUCAAAGGUUGGAAAUUUGAAGUGGGUAUUGAUUUAAAAUGAGCGUUAUACUGCACUAUCUAUGGUAGACGUAUAAUUGUGCAAGAUAUAUGUAGUUUAUUGCAAUGUUGGAGCAAACAAGAGUGGUGUAAUGGUUGGUUGAACCUUAAACAGGGGGAUAUAAAAAUAAUUUCUAAAAAAAGUUAGCUAGACGUGUGUCUCGUUCAAAAAGAAAAAUUUGGUGUCAAAUUGAGAU